UCAUUCAAAAUUAGCUAUGCCCACAGCAUCUUUUAAGUGUUUGAACAUAUACCUGUGUUUGUUUUUCAAUCACAAGGAUCGUCAGUUUGCAUUGAGCUGUCCGGUUGAUCGGUCGAUGUCCAGCCCGUCUUCCAAUCAAUUUCAACAGUGCGCUUCUAUAUUUUUAAAAGGGGUUUGUUUGAUUGUAAUAUCUUUCAGUCUUCAUUAUUUGAUAGAAUUCGCUGGUGCAAUCGAUCAGAUUGUGAUGCAUCGACCAUUGACAGUGCCGUCGAAACAACGAAGAAAGAGCCGCCAUCGGUGGGUGGCUACAGUAUUUAUAGUCAUGCUUUCAGCUCGGAUGCUGAUCAUGGCUGACAGUCUAACGGCCACUUCUCGGCCGACAUUCAACAGUGAUCAUCCUGCAGAGAACCAACCUGAAAGUGGCGAUUUCCUCGCCAUGUCUGAUACAGGGACCGGCAAAGAACCCAACAGCCGACAUUUCAGAGUAGCGCGUAGCGAAUUCUCUGAUUUUUGUUUGAAUGGCGAUUGCAUUAACGGCGAUGUCCUCAAAGUUGUCAGCAAAUUAGCCAAGCGCAUUCUAAGCGAUCCACGGAUCCUUGGUCUUCGGACGGCCAGUGAACCAGAUGACUUCCAAGCUGGCCGCAAAAUCAGUUCGUCUAAAAAACGUCGAAUCAGUAACACUCGUCGAAGUGAUGAGGAAAACGGCGAAAACAACGAUCAAAAGAUGAAAGAUGAAGAUAAAAAAGCUUCCGAUGAUACUUCUUCUGAGGAAAGAGCGUCGGUGGUGAAGGUGGACACGACGGUGAAUUGUUACGGAGCAUCGGACGGUUGGGAUUCACCUGGCAUCUACUGGGAAGAUGACGGUUAUAACGUUGAAGCUUACGUAAGCGAGGACGAAUCCAUUCUGGAUUACGGCGAUACCGAACACGCCAGCACUAAUGUUGGUGGCGAAGGCGAAAAAGUCUCGGCGGCCCGCGCCAUUGACGAUUCAAGCUUGUUUGAUAUUCAUUCGUUAACUAGUCGCGACGAUUACUUCGACAACAACGAGCAGAUUACUCAAAGGCACGAUAAAAAUCGGCUCAACGUUCGGUACAAUGAUCCCGACUCUUAUCACGCGUCGACCAGUUCAGAUUCAAACGGCAUUCUUAAAGAGAAGAAGUAUGGAGUUCCGGGCGGAGUAAAGUAUGGCGAAGAUGAUGGAUAUCCGGAUACUCGGGGAAAGACUAAAUUAUACAAUAAUUACGGAAGGGAUGAUGAUGAUGAUAGCAGUAGUGGAGGGGGACAGAAGGGUGGUGGCUACGGGGGAGGCGGAAGCAGUUAUGGAGGAGGUGGGGGCUAUGGAGGCGGAAGCAGUUACGGCGGAGGCAGCAGCUAUGGGUAUGGAGGAGGAGGGGGUUAUGGCGGAUAUGACGAUUCUUGUUGCAAGAAUAAAUUAUUACCGAUUCUGUUGGUGGGAUUGUUGGGUUUGUUGGCCUUUUUCCUCUACAUCCGAUCGACCACAGUUGCGGGUCGGCGUAGCAUGGAUGAAAACGAUCUCUCUGAUGUGCUGCUAGAUGGUCCAACUUGGUUGAGCAUGGUCCAUGAAUUGUGGGAGCAAGACGCUGCACUUGGAAACACCGCCUGCACUCAAGAAACUUUAUGCCGGAUGAAUCGCUUAGCUAUGGCCGCACCCGGACAAGCAGGAUGGGCAGUUUCACUUUCAAGUUUGCCUUUGAGCUACCUGUUGCACACUCGCCAUUCUGGUGGAUUCAGUUCGUAUGUCGAUGCAUCACUGAUGGGCCGAUCUGGUGCGAAUUGCACUGAACUUUACUUAAGCUGCCCUCGUCUGACAUAUUAAACAAAAAAAAAUAUUGAAUUACCAACAACACAAUUUUUAAUCGAACAAUGAAUUGGGUGUGUGUUAAUAAACAUAGGUAUUUGAACGGUGAAGAUUUUAAAAUACACAAAUUAAAUUAUU